CCUGCACUCAUCCACCACCUUCCUCGUCGUCCAGCACAAUGUCGGAACCAGAGUUUGAGCGUAUGAUGGCGCAAGCCCAGCAUGCCAGUGGCCAGCACCAGGCCGGGGACUCGUCUGUACCGGACAAUGGCGAAGUUAUCCAUAUCUCGUCCUUGGCGCUUUUGAAGAUGUUGAAACACGGACGAGCCGGUGUACCCAUGGAAGUCAUGGGUUUAAUGUUAGGAGAGUUCGUGGACGAUUACACCGUGCAGGUGGUGGACGUUUUCGCGAUGCCUCAGUCAGGAACAACAGUUACUGUGGAGUCUGUCGACGACGUUUUCCAGACAAAAAUGGUGGAAAUGUUGAAACAGACCGGCAGGCCUGAAAUGGUGGUAGGAUGGUACCAUUCCCAUCCAGGAUUCGGCUGUUGGUUGUCCAGCGUGGAUAUCAACACACAACAGUCAUUCGAAUCCCUGAACUCCCGGUCUGUUGCCGUCGUCGUCGACCCUAUCCAAUCCGUCAAGGGCAAGGUCGUCAUUGAUGCAUUCCGUCUCAUUCCCCCACAACCUGUCCUCGCUGGGCAGGAACCUCGGCAGACGACGUCCAAUAUCGGACAUAUUAAUAAACCUUCAAUUCAAGCCUUGAUCCACGGCUUGAAUCGGCAUUAUUACUCCAUUGCUGUUAACUAUAGGAAGACCGAUUUGGAACAAGCAAUGCUCAUGAACUUACACCGGCGGAACUGGACGGAAGGAUUGAAGCUCAGGGACUUCAAGUUACACAAGGAGCAUAACGAGAAGGCCAUCAAGUCCAUGCUAACGCUGUCAGAAGCCUACAACAAGUCGGUGCAAGAGGAAUCUUCUUUGACACCAGAGCAGCUGAAGACCCGGCAUGUGGGCAAGCAAGAUCCCAAGCGUCAUCUGGAAGAAGCAGUGGAGAAGGCAAUGGGGGAUCAGGUCGUCCAGAACCUGGGCACGAUGCUACUGGCUGAACUUUGAAAGCUCGGACUUACGUGUAGAAUUCCAUCCGUCUAUUACUGUAUCCAUAAUUGAUCUUCCUUAUAUUCGAGCAGGCCAACGGUUGGUGCGAUCAUUGCCGGCG